AGAACUGUUUUCUAAUUGUUAGCACAACUUGCAAAUCUAAAUCAAGCAAUCCUAAAUCUAAAUCCCAAUCAAUUUCCACCCAAUUCGAUUCAAUUCAAUUUCGAUUAUGGCAAGCGAGGCCGUGUAUUCGGUGUGGGCGAUUCCACCAGAAGACGUCGCCGUCAGAUGCGCCAACCUCAUGACCGCUCUCCGAUCCGACUUUGGCGGGCCCCAAUUCCAACCCCAUAUCACGCUCGUCGGAGCCAUCAAACUCACCGCCGACGACGCCCUCGCCAAGCUCCGAUCAGCCUCCCAAGCCCUCAGGCCCUUCAACGUCACCGUCGACCGCGUCGCCACCGGCACCUUCUUCUACCAGUGCGUCUAUCUCCUCCUCCGCCCUGACCCCCACCUCCUCGAAACCAGCGCCCACUGCUGCACGCACUUCGGCUACGCCAGCUCCACUCCUUACAUGCCGCACUUGAGUCUUCUCUACGCAGAUUUGAGCGACGAGGAGAAGCAAAAGGCUCAAGAGAGGGCUAAUGUCAUUGAUAACGCACUCGCUGGGUUGACCUUUGAGAUAACUCGUAUUGCCUUGUACAAAACCGACACUGAAGACAAAACCCUCAAAUCUUGGGAGAAAAUUGCUGAAUGCACUCUCACUACAAAUUAGCCUAUGAACUUCAAUGCCAGUACUUUUUCUUGUUUCUUCAUUUCCCUUUAUGCUGCUUGCUUUGCAAUUUCCAUAUUCCAGACAUAAUAAUGAAGGCACCGAUACUUCAAAUAUUUAUCGUAUUCAACAAUUCACACGUCUAAAGUAAUGUGUUUACUGUAUGUUCUUUGUCAUGUUUUGGUAUCGAUCAUCCUCAUAGUAUUGUAAAACUCUCGUCAUAGUCCUAUAAAACUCUGUGAUAAUAAAUCUAUUCUUUACAUUACCGUUAA